GGUAGUCACAUGAGCCGAGGAUAGACGAUCGCAAGUUUCUUACUUCUGUGCAAUAGGUGGCAAUUUUUUGUUUCUAAACAACCGUUCUGACAAGAUUUUUGUGAUCCACACGAAAUCCAGAUUAGCAACAAUAUGAAACUGGUAAUUCUUGAAGAGUAUGACCAGUCCAGUGAAUGGGCUGCUAAGUAUAUCCGCAACCGGAUCGUCCAGUUUAACCCAAGCGCUGACAGAUAUUUUACUUUAGGAUUGCCCACUGGUAGCACUCCGCUUGGCUGUUACAGAAAGUUAAUUGAAUACUACGAAAGUGGAGAUCUUUCAUUUAAAUACGUGAAAACUUUCAACAUGGACGAAUACGUAGGGCUACCCCAGAACCACCCAGAAAGCUACCACUCUUACAUGUGGAACAACUUUUUUAAGCACAUCGACAUUGAGCCAGCCAACACCCACAUUCUGGACGGCAACGCAGCUGAUCUGCAGGCUGAGUGUGAAGCCUUUGAGCAGGAAAUAGCAGCUGCUGGAGGCAUCGCCCUUUUCGUUGGUGGAAUCGGCCCUGACGGUCACAUCGCUUUCAACGAGCCGGGUUCGAGCCUUGUGUCCCGAACCAGGGUGAAGACACUAGCUAAGGAUACCGUUUUAGCUAACGCUAGGUUUUUCGGGAAUGACCUGACAAAGGUCCCCACAAUGGCUUUGACUGUUGGUGUCGGAACAGUGAUGGAUGCCAGAGAGGUCAUGGUGUUAAUUACUGGGGCACACAAAGCUUUCGCCCUGUACAAGGCCAUAGAGGAGGGUGUGAACCACAUGUGGACCGUCUCAGCUUUCCAGCAGCACCCAAGGACCAUCUUUGUGUGUGACGAAGAUGCCACUCUGGAGCUCAGGGUCAAGACGGUCAAGUAUUUCAAAGGCUUGAUGCAUGUUCACAACAGGCUGGUGGAGCCACUAUACAGCAGGAAGGACCACAAGAAUUAAGACACCGUCCUCAGACCCAGCACCAGGAUCUAACCGAUGCAACCUGAGAUGAAACUCUCCUUAACUGCCAAAAAUCCCGUUGUAUAAUGUAAUUUCAGUGAAGACUUGUUCUUUUUUGGAAUGUAAAUGCAUCUCCAAGGGCUUCAUGCUAAAGGCGGAUCUAUACUUCUGCACUAAACCAAACCAUCGGUACAGCAUAGGUAGGGUAUAGCAGCAUGACGUAUGCCAUACCUAAUGCCAUAGCCUGACACUCCUCAGAACUGUAGGUACAUGUUGAGGUGACACAAAUCACGCACGAGUGUAAAUGCGUAGGCCAUUUGGCCAUGACGUAAACUCGGCGUAGACUACACACAGAAGCAUAAAUCAGCCUGAGCAGUUCUAGACAUCUGCUUCCUAGUGUGUUCUAGUCUCAUAGAUUUUGGGAGGCUGCACACUUGAGGAUAGAGACUGAGCCCCACUGAUGUGCUCAGGUGACCUUGCUCAGUCCUGCUCACUAAUGCUGUGCAUUCCACUGGUGCUGCUGGAACAAAUUAUUGCACAUUCCCUGCCUUUCACUUGUGAUGUGCACAAGCAGUGCUAUAAGAUCAUGUUUCUUCUACAAGGAGCCAGCUCCAGCAAACAUAAAUUCCCUCAGAGGUUUUAUAAUGGCACAAUGCUCUGUGAGAUUGGUUACAUUUUUUACAACACUUGAACAGUACUCUGAAAUACUCUUUUGAAUUUGUUACUCUCCAGGCAGAUCACAGUACAGCAUAGUGUUUGGUGUGAUUGGAUCUGUUUUGCAUUCUCAGAAUUGAUGUAAACUGCAAUGGAAAAAAAUGAAGGUGAAUCAGCAAUGUAUGGUUAUGUUAUGACAUGUAUACAACGCUUAAGUUUUAGAUCAUUGGUUUUAUAAUUGUCAAGAAGAAAUGGUUUAUCUAAUGGCUACAACUGGCUGGAAAGGCUCUAAACUAUAGUAUGUCAACUGAAAGAAAUUUAUAGGAACAUAAAUGUUAGAAAUGAAAAAAAACCCACUAAAUACAAAUUCUCUCUUAAAGAUGAGAUAGAAGUUUGCAACUGGUGCAACAGAUGGCCAUAGUUUUCUAGACUGUUAAAUGUGCUUGUUGCCUAAAAACCACGUGUGAAACAAUAUCUCAAAUGAGAGCCCACAACUGACAUUUCUUAUCACAAGCAUCUGUUUCCAGUAUCUCAUCAAACUCCAGUGUCAUAUUUAUAGACAUGAAUUUCACUUAUGUGUUAAAAAAAAAACAAGAACUUGAAAGUACCUAAAAGAUCUCACACAACAUCUGCAAUUAAAACAGAAAUAUUCAUUUAUGAAUGCAAGCGUUCAUAAUGCAGGAGGUGAAAUGUUCAUUAAAAAGCACAGAGCAAAAACGUACACAAAAUAAAUACAAAAAAAGUAACCACCUAGUUGGAGGGGAAAGAUUCUGAAAAUUGUCGUAGAAGUUGAAUGUGCAAUUAAUGAAUAAGUAUACAUUCAGACCUACAUAUCGCAAUAACCGCUCAUAGCAUUCAGGUAAAACACAUUUAAUUGCUUUCACAUUUCCAAGUGAUCCAUCGAUUACUUGUAGAAAUAUUUCAGGUUGGUCAGUAGUGAUUAGAUGGGUGGGCCAAAUGACAGGACUGUCUGAGGAAUGCAGGGCUAUUGUUUCUGAUAGCACCAAAUUAAGUUUUACAAAAUUGUCAAUAUACUUCUAUGAAAAAGAAACUUUAUCCCUGAUAAUGAAUCAAAGGCCUCUUACAGCUACUAAUUACUCUCUUUCAUUCUCUUCAUUGCUGAAUCCCAAAUGUAACUAGCUCCAGAGUCCAGAAAAAUAAAAGGGACCCCAGACUGAUACUUUCAUCACUAUUCUUGGGGUAAGAUUGUAGAAAUCUUCAGUUAACUCGGUGAUAGAUGCCACAUUAAUAGCACCUUUCCCACCACCUACUUUCAUGACCUUCACCUAAUCAUAGCAGUUUGAUGUAUUCAUCACAUGGUGUCUGUUUUACACAUUUUACAUAUUUUGAUUCUUUUCAUUUUUGAGUAUCACAAUGUCUGCAUGUAACACUAUAUUGUCAAGUAUUGGGACACCUGUAUUUACACACACAUGAACUUUAAUGACAUCCCAUUCCUAAUACAUAUGCUUUAAUAUGGAGUUGACCCACCCUUUGCAGCUAUAGCAGCUUCAACUCUUCUAGGAAGGCUGUCCAUAAGGUUUAGGAAUGUGUUUAUGGGAAUUUUUGACCAUUCUUCCAGGAGAGCAUUUGUGAGGUCAGGCACUGAUGUUGAAUGAGAAGGUCUGGCUCACAGUCUCCGUUUUAAUUUAUCCCAAUGGUGUUCUAUCGGGUUGAGGUCAGGGCUCUGUGCAAGCCAGUCAAGUUCCUCCACACCAGACUCACUCAUCCAUGUCCCUAAGGACCUGGCUUUGUGCACUGGUGUGCAAUCGUAUUGGAACAGGAAGGGGCCCUUCUUAAUUAGUGGUCCGAUGUGUUCGAAUGCUGCAGCAUUAAGAGUUCCUUUAAUUGGAAUUCAUGGGCUAAGCUCAUCCCCUGAAAAACAAUCCCACACCAUAUUCCCCACCUCAACCAAACUUUAUAAUGGGCACAAUGCAGUCAGACAAGUACUGUUCUCCUGGUAACUGCCAAACCCAGACUCAUGCCAUACCGAGAAGCGUGAUUCGCCACUCCAGAGAACACGUCUUCACUGCUCUAGUGUCCAGUGGUGGCGUGCUUUAUACCACUGCAUCCAACACUUUCCACUUGCAUUGCACUUGGAUGCAGCUGCUCGGCCAUGGAAACCGAUUCCAAGAAGUUCUCUACGCACUGUUCUUGAGUUAAUCUGAAAGCCACAUGAAGUUUGGAGGUCUGUAGCUAUUGACUCUGCAGACAGUUGGCGACUUCUGCACACUGCGCCUCAGCAUGUGUUGUCCUCGCUCUGUGAAAAAAAGUAAGGGAGUGGUUUACAAAAAGAAAAAUUGGGAAAGACUGCAGAAAACAACCAGACAAAGUGAUAAAAAUAAAUAAAUAAAAUAAAAAAUACAAGAAAAUGAUAUUGUUCUUGUAGAAAAGAUUUCUUUUUACCCAUCCCCUAAACACUUAUCCUGGUUAUGGUCAUGGGGCCUCAGCACAGGGCAGCGGUGCUCCCUAUAUUGGAUGCCAAUUCCCAUACUGAUACACUAUAUGUGCAGUUUAGAAACACCAGUGAGCCUAACUGCAUUUCUUUGGAGUGCAGUGGGAAACCCAUAUAACAGAAGGAGAUCAUGCAAACUCCACACCCAUGAAUGCAUAAUGAAUACAUUAUGAAGGUGCACUGAAUGUUCUAUGAAUGCAUUAUGAAGGUGCACUGAAUGUAAAGCGUCACCAAAUAAAUAUUCUCUCAAGUUAAAUAAAAACAACAAGUAUAAAAAAUUAAAUGUACCUUCAAACACUGAUUUAUCAGUGUCUGCCAUAACCACACACACGUGUGUAUUGGUGCAGCUUCAUCUGCCCCUUUCCGAAUGUUGCUUAGGGGAAACAUGCAAAGGCACAAAAUGGUUACUUGUUUGCUGUAUUCGUUUGGAAUAUACAGACCCGUACAGAAACAUUUCAGUACGAAUAUGUGUCAAUAGAAAAAAUAUUAUUCAAAAAAUGUUUAACUGUGGUUUAACUAGAAUAAGCUCUGUAAGCUGCCACUAAAUGCUCUCCUACUUUGAGGGACAGUGUUUAUUUAGUGGGUAAGAACUUUUGCCUGUGAUUGGAUGGCUGUUGGUUCAAAGCCUGUGGACAGCAAAAUGAUUUCUCCAUUGGGCCCUUAAAACAGCUGCUGUUUUAGAGUGAUGUUAUCCUGAAUUAUUAGCAGUUAUUUGUUAAACAAUAUGAAAUUAUGUUUAAAGAAAACCAUAUGAAAAUAUGGCCAUCUAAACAUACAGAAUACACCACCAGACUAUAUGCAUCAGUAGUUCAGAGGAAUUUACUGUGUUCUGAGGUUGUAGAAAUGCAACACCCCAAAAUCCAACCAUUUAUCCUUUAUUUGUGCUCCCUGAAAUAUACAACAAAAAUGUAUCUAUAUCACUGGCUGUUUCACAACAUAAAUUUCUGAAAAAAUGCAUGUGCUACGUUGACUCAGAAGUGGCCUUUCACCUUAAUGUGUCUGCAGUACAAUGGCAGAUCUCUGUUCCAGUGAGUGUUUUUAGUUAUGGGAACCAUGUGAGAUGGCCUUCCUAGAUUCCCAUGGACUGGUUUAAGUGUCUCACCAAAUCUGACCUCAUGAAAAACACAUGUUUAUCACUGUUACCUGCUAACACUUUGAACAGCUGUUGUUAAUGACUUUCAGAUUUCAUCUGCAAAUACAAUGUAGGCAUUAUUUCUUAAGCUUUAGUAAACAGAUACAGGAGAAAGUUUAGAAAAGUUAGAAUACGAGGAAAAGGAAGAGGAGGUGAGAGAAGCUUAGAAAUGCCAUACAGGAUAUACACCUAAAAUGUGACAUCACUGAGCACUAACCAAUCAGAUUAUAGAGGUGUGGCUUGUCUCCAUUAUAUAAACCUGACAGUGAUCAUAAUUACUAAUGGUUUCACACAGGAGAGACAAUGACAAUGACUUUGAUCCUUUUGUUGUUGUUGGGGUUUGCAGUGCACACCUCCCCAAAAAGGAUUUCUUCCAGGAUCUAUGGCGGGAGAGACUGCCAAAACAAUGAAGCCCGGUAUUAUGUUGGUGUGGAGAGUGAUAAUGGCGGGUGUGGUGGCUCCCUCCUCAGUGAUACUUGGGUACUGACCGCUGCUCACUGUAUUGGCCCAAAUAUGAGAGUCCUCAUUGGAUACCGUGACAACGCAGCAGGACCAUCACAAACAAUUCAUGUUCAAGCUGCUUACUUCCCACCUGCUAAGCAAAACAUGAUGAAUGAUAUUACACUGCUUCAACUGAGUCAAGCCGCUUUGAAUGUGCAGCCUGUUCAUCUCCCAACUGGAUGUAACCCCAGCAACCUUCCCCCACAAAACAAAGAUCUCCUUGUUGCUGGCAUGGGAUCACUGAGAAGCUGGCGAGGAUUUCCUAAACGUUUGCAGUGUGUGAAUCUUCAAGUGAGGAGCUGUAACAUGUUUAAACAACAACCUGGUGACAUCUUCUGUGCUGGGGAUCAAAAUCACCAAACUGGAUCCGGUGACUCUGGUGGUGGCUUGGUGUUCAAUAGCAACAACAACCAAGGAACUCCGGAGGUGUAUGGACUGGUUGAGGGUGGAUAUAAUUACUUUCGGUUUCGGGUGUUUAACUUACCAUGUAUAUUUACAAAUGUGUGUACCCACUUGUCCUGGAUCAAACAUAUAACUCAUCUUUAAUUUUUUUAUGCAAUAAUAAACAAUAAACCAAGCAAGGAUAUUAAGAGCAUACCAAA